AAAACUACUUCAUCUCAAUCAUUUCAAUCUCCUUGAGGAAAAGUUUGAUCCCUUCUUGUUGUUUCUGUACCAAAAGAAAUGGCUUCUUCCUCAUCUCCAACAACGCUUCAAAGAUCGGAUUCAAUCGCUGACAAAAUGCCUGAUGCAUUGAAACAAAGCCGGUAUCAUAUGAAGAGAUGUUUUGCCAGCUUUGUUAAAGGAGGAAAGAAGCUAAUGAAGCGUGAGAAUCUAAUGAAUGAGAUAGAAAAAUGUGUAGAAGAUAGCAAUGACCGCAAGAAGAUUAUGGAGGGACUGUUUGGUUACAUUCUCACAUGCACUCAGGAAGCAGCAGUGGUUCCACCCUUUGUUGCUUUAGCCGCAAGGCCCGAUCCUGGUUUCUGGGAAUAUGUUAAGGUCAACGCUGGAGAUCUAUCAGUGGAUGAAAUCACAGCCACGGAUUACUUGAAGCUCAAGGAAUCUGUUUUCGACGAGUCAUGGGCUAAGGAUGAACAUGCAUUGGAGUUAGACUUUGGAGCGAUUGAUUUCACAACUCCUAGGCUUAAUCUUUCUUCUUCGAUUGGAAAUGGAGCUGAUUACAUCUCUAAGUUUAUAUCUUCUAAGCUUGGAGGCAAAUCUGAUAAACUAGAACCUUUGUUGAACUACUUGCUUCGCCUUAACCAUCAUGGAGAGAAUCUCAUGAUCAAUGAAGGUAUCAACACAGUUGCAAAGCUCAAAAAAUCUCUGAUGCUUGCUGUGAAUGUAGUCUUCACUUACCCUAAACACACACCUUAUGAAACUUUCUCUCCAAGGUUGAAGGAAAUGGGAUUUGAGAAAGGUUGGGGAAACACAUCAGAGAGAGUGAAAGAAACCAUGGUUAUGCUCUCAGAAGUUCUAGAGGCACCAGACAGUGUGAAGCUAGAUUUGCUCUUUAGCAGACUUCCCACAGUGUUCAACGUUGUGAUCUUCUCUGUCCAUGGCUAUUUUGGUCAGCAAGACGUGCUAGGUUUACCAGAUACCGGAGGCCAGGUUGUUUACAUUCUUGAUCAAGUAAGAGCAUUAGAAGAAGAGCUGCUCAUUCGAAUUAACCAACAAGGUCUAGGGUUCAAGCCACAGAUUCUUGUGGUGACAAGGUUAAUACCAGAAGCAAGAGGCACAAAGUGUGAUCAAGAACUAGAAGCCAUUGAAGGAACCAAGCAUUCUCAUAUCCUCAGAGUUCCUUUUGUUACAGAUAAAGGAACCCUCCGUCAAUGGGUUUCCCGGUUUGAUAUCUACCCUUACCUGGAGAGGUUUACUCAGGAUGCAACGUGCAAGAUUCUUCAACGCUUUGAGUGCAAGCCUGACCUCAUCGUUGGAAACUACACAGAUGGGAACUUGGUUGCAUCUCUAAUGGCCACCAAACUCGGUGUCACUCAAGGAACCAUUGCUCAUGCGUUGGAGAAGACAAAGUAUGAAGAUUCAGAUGCAAAGUGGAAAGAACUAGACCCUAAAUACCAUUUCUCUUGCCAGUUCACAGCUGAUUUAAUCGCAAUGAAUGUCACUGACUUCAUCAUUACCAGCACAUAUCAAGAAAUUGCUGGAAGCAAGGAAAGACCAGGGCAGUAUGAGAGUCACACUGCCUUCACAAUGCCUGGUCUAUGUAGAGUUGUAUCUGGCAUUGAUGUGUUUGAUCCAAAGUUCAACAUUGCUGCUCCUGGUGCCGAUCAAUCUGUAUACUUCCCUUACACAGAGACGCCAAAACGAUUGACUAAGUUUCAUCCUUCUAUACAAGAACUGCUCUACAAUGAGAAAGACAAUAAUGAACACAUGGGAUACCUUGCGGAAAGAGAGAAACCAAUCAUCUUCUCAAUGGCUAGACUUGACACAGUGAAGAACAUAACUGGUUUGGUUGAAUGGUAUGGUAAAGACAAGAGACUAAGAGAGAUGGCUAACCUUGUAGUAGUUGCUGGAUUCUUCGACAUGUCGAAAUCUAAUGAUAGAGAAGAGAAAGCUGAGAUAAAGAAGAUGCAUGAUCUCAUUGAAAAGUACACCCUCAAGGGGAAGUUCAGAUGGAUAGCUGCUCAAACUGAUAGAUACAGAAACAGUGAGCUUUAUAGGUGCAUUGCCGAUACAAAAGGAGUCUUUGUUCAACCUGCUUUGUAUGAAGCUUUUGGUUUAACGGUCAUUGAAGCCAUGAACUGUGGACUACCAACUUUCGCCACGAAUCAAGGUGGACCGGCUGAGAUAAUCGUUGAUGGUGUUUCUGGUUUCCACAUUGAUCCCAACAAUGGUGAUGAAUCUGUUGCCAGGAUUGGAGACUUCUUCAGCAAGUGCAGUACAGAUGGUUUGUACUGGGAUAGUAUCUCUAACGCUGGUCUCAAACGUAUCUAUGAGUGCUACACAUGGAAGAUCUAUGCAGAGAAGUUGUUGAAAAUGGGAAGCAUAUAUGGAUUCUGGAGACAAGUGAAUGAAGAUCAGAAGAAAGCUAAGCAGAGAUACAUUGACAUGCUUUACAAUCUCCAGUUCAAACCAUUGACCAAGAAAGUGACUAUCCCUGAAGAUAAAUCUUUGCCUAUGAGACUGGCUUCACUCCGUAACCUCCUUCCCAAGAAACCAGCAUCUCUUGGAGGAGGAAGUAAGCAGAAGGAAGUCACAGAGACGAAACCAAAGAGUAAAGAUGGUCAACAACGAAAUGAUGUCAAGGCAGAAGAAGGAGAGGUAAAAGAGGGGUUGCUUGCAGCUGAAGCAUCAGAGAGGAUGAAGAAAGUUUUAGAGACUUCUGAAGAGACACAGAGGCUAGAGAAGAUGAAGAUUGCAUACGGACAACAACGGAACCAAGGAGGUUCAUCGGUUAGGAACUUGUUCUGGUCAGUAGUGGUUUGUCUCUACAUCUGUUACAUUUUGAAGCAGAGGUUCUUUGGAACUUACUCGGUUCAAGAGGAUUAAAAGUAAAUUAAAAAGCUGUAAAUAUUUAAUAAAGGAAAAUAUCAUCAAUGUAAAAGUUAAUAUAUGAAAGUUAUGGUCAGAAAUAAAAACUGUAUGAAUUAUUAUUUC